UGAAAAAUAUUUGACCCGACAUGUGAAAAAGCAGCACUUCUCUAAUGCUGAAUUACUGUGACUGCAACUUUACACCUGCACCGUGAACACAUCGUUGGGAUGAGAAGAUAAAAGGGGACGUGUUGAAGGUGUAAGGGGGGCAUGGGAUGUCAUUUUUUAUUACCUGAAUUCACCAGUUCUGCUGUAUUAUGCUUUAACCUGCCUUAACUUUAAAAAUUAAUUAACCAGGAAUUAACUAAAACUAGAUGUGAAAACAUUUUAGUUACCUAAAAUAAAAAACUUAGUUGUUUUUCAAAAUGUAAAUGAAACAAUUUUGUGAACUUCGGAAAUUAACUUAAAAAAACCCAAAACAACAAAUUUAGAUGAGAUUUUUGUAUUUGUUAAUUUUCUGAGAUUUAUUCUCCCAGCUUGUCUGAUGAGGCUUUGGUGGAUGUAUUUGUUGAGGCUUCAGAUGUCUACAACACUGUGAGACUGCUUUCAUAAAGUUCUGUGUUUUUAUCGUAAUACUUUUUUCCCUAAAUCUUACCUCUGGUAUAUGUCAUAAAUAUGAUACUUAAGACAAAAACUACCCUGAAAAUGAUUUUUAAAAACUGCUUAUUUUUAGUUAGUUUAGUAAACAAUAAAAUCUGAACUGAAAUGAGCAAACCCACUCAGAAAACUAAAUCAAACUAAACUGGAUUAAAAAUGAAAAACACAAUUAAAAACUCCAUAUAAAAUUCAAAAUAAUAAUAAUAAUGUUAUUAUAAAGUUGCUCUGUGGGAAUCGUACUGAGUCUGAGAAUUACCUGCCCAGGUGGCAGCCACGCAAACUCAAAACACAUUAAAAAUACAACGUAAUAUACAACGUCAGUAACAUGUUAUACUAUACACAAACACCCUUAUGAUGCCCAGUGUUGCUUUAAAGAUAAAGAAAGGGCUGUUUUCUGCAAGUGGUGACCACCGUCCUGUCAAAUCAUAAAGAAUCUGCAAUAAAACAGAGAGGAUGCCUGAUAUAAAAGUGAAUGCACUGCAUCACUGUAAAUAAUGUUUUUGUUAUGAAUUUAACCCAAGAAGUGAUGGAAACAAAAUAGUGUGCAUUUAACACUUUGUGCAUUCUGAUCUCAUCUCAUAAAGUUUUUUGUUUUGUUUUUUUUUCUCACAAAAUAUAAAAUGAAAUCCACGGCUCGUGACGAGUCACUGCAUUAACUCUUUACUCCUUGAAAGCCUGCUAGGAGUCAAACCACCUGUUUACAGAUUUAUACUGAGGUGUGAAAAUGGGACGUUGUCAAAAGUCUUUUUUAUUAGGGAAGGAGUUAAAGUACAAUUUUAAGACAUGUAUUAACCUUUUAGAAUUUACAGGUGUGACUAAUGAUUACUCACAAGCCAUCAGCUGAUGUUUGUGUUAGUUAAACAUAUAAAUGAGAAUCAGAGCACAGUUUUAUAGUUAUCAAUGCAGAAAUCCUGAUGAUUUAAAGCCUUUUCAGUGCAUCUUUAUGCAGCUGAUACACACACAGAAAAUAAGCAUUAAAAUGUUCUAGAAUUCAUCUCAUGGAACAAUAAGUAUCUUUUUAUUAUUAUAUAUAAUCAGUAGUGUACAUUUAAUUUUUUUUAAUAUUUUUAACUGAUUUUUGGAAGAUUGUAAUUUUGUUUGAUCAGAACCAAAAACACGAGUGACUGAAGUCUCUCUGUAGAGAGAGGAGGAUGUCUCCUGUUUGAAUUCAAUGCGACGAGUAGACAGCUGGAUGCUCGAUGCAGCAGCUUUGUUGACGUUACCAGGGAGAGAGCAGCUUUAAGUUAUAUGAUUUCCUCUUGAAAGUGAAGCCCUAAUGCCACCAACUUGUCGUAUGUGGCGUAACCACAUACCCCCUACUCCCACGUACACACACAACUCUAUUGGGGCCUUUUCACUGAACAAAGCAGAGCACAUCCGUUUGUGCGGGCAGAGUGUGUAAGAAUGGGAUGGGUGGAAAAGGGCUCUUUUUAGUGGCUGCACCUGUCCUAUUUUACGAGGCACUAAUAAGCAGAUAACAGUCACUAGGCUGGGAAAAAAAUGAGUGAGAACGAUUGAAAUUAGGCUGAAAUUAAUCAGGUCCUCCUCUAAAGUCCUGACUUUGCGUGGCCAGCAUCUAGAGCUUUGAGAGUUAUGUCAAAAAUGAAGAUUUCCCUGACCUUUCACCCAAUCCAGCAGCCCUUUCCUUCCUGUUUGAGCCCGAUUUGAUGCUCACCCCUGUCCUAACUAAGCAUGGCCCUGUGUCCGUCACCCUGUCCUGUGCGUCGGUGAGUGUCAGCAGUGGUGUCCACGCCUGCGCACUGCGAGUGAAAGUCCUUCUUUGCGCUCCAUGGUGUGGUGAGUAAUUCAGCCAUAAUCCGCCUUUCUCCUCUCCCCUCUUCUUUCCCCUCUCCUCUCCCCCUCUCCUGCGGUUCCAUUCAUAUUCUAAUCACAGCUUUCCCUUCUCCAGCUCUCAGGCACUCCAUCAGAGCCCUCCCAGCCUCGGGUUUUGCACUUUUACUUCCCCCCCUUUGUGACCGUUCCCUCUUCUCAGAGGCAUACCAAAAAUAAGGUUGCAAAAAAAAAAAAAAGAGGUGAGAACUCCACCAAAACAUUCACACUGGUGCAGUUUCAUCAUGUAUGCAUGUGUGUCGCGCCACGGCUCUGGAAAAGUUACCACAAUAGUGCUUUGGGGGGUUUGAAUGAGGAGUGAGGAGAAGCACAAAUGCAGGCAACAAGUGUGUGAGGGAUGUGAAGUGGGAGUUAAAACCAGAAGGAAAGGCAGGAGUGGUGGUUGUGUAGAGAUGUAUGUUUAUUCGGAGCUAGGGGCUGUAUAAAAACGUAUUAAAUGCCAUAAUGGAAGACGGGGAGGCCACAGUGUUAGGACUGCGUAGAUCUAAGCCUCUUUUUUUUUUUUUUUUUUCGUUGGGAGGGAGCUUUUCUUAUUCAAAACAGCCCCACAAAAGACUUCCAGUGAGCCUUGCCACAUCCCCAUCUGACUUGGGGCCAUUCAUCAGCCUUCCAAGCCUAUCAAUGACAUGUCCCCAUCAGGGCUCCUAUAAAAUCAGCCCCUUUCCCAUGAAACAUCAGCAAACAUUUUGACGGGUCUGGCUUUCCCCCCGCUGGAUUUCUGGAGUCUCUACCCCCCGCCCCACACCCUCACCCCCUUCCUUUCCACCCUUAUUCCCACCUCCCCUCCUCUCCUCCGCCAACACCACCCCUCUCUUGGGCGAACCUCAGAUCCUCAACAUCUCCUGUGACGGGCAGUGGUCACGAAAACACAGAGCUAGACGAGGGGAGAGCCGCUGAGGAGGGGGAAACGUGCACUAAGCCAUUUUCUUGGAGGAGUCAGUGUCGUUGAUGGGAAGAGGAUGCAUUGCGGGCUGCUGGAGGAGCCUGACAUGGAUUCCACAGAGAGCUGGAUUGAAAGAUGCCUUAAUGAGAGUGAGAGUAAGCGAUACUCCAGCCACACGUCUCUGGGGAACAUGUCCAAUGAUGAACAUGAAGAAAAAGAAAAUAACAGAGCCUCGAAACCACAUUCGACACCGGCUACGCUGGAAUGGCUAGAAGAAAACUACGAGAUAGCCGAAGGUGUGUGCAUCCCCCGAAGUGCCCUCUAUAUGCAUUACCUAGACUUCAGCGAAAAGCACGACACGCAGCCUGUGAACGCGGCCAGCUUUGGAAAGAUCAUAAGGCAGCAGUUUCCAGCACUGACUACCAGACGACUGGGAACAAGAGGGCAGUCAAAGUAUCACUACUAUGGAAUAGCGGUGAAGGAGACCUCCCAGUAUUAUGACGUGAUGUACUCCAAAAAGGGAGCGGCGUGGGUGAACGAGACGGGGAAGAAAGAGGUCACGAAGCAGACAGUGGCGUAUUCACCGCGGUCCAAACUGGGGACGCUCCUGCCAGAGUUUCCAAAUGUCAAAGACCUAAAUUUGCCUGCCAGCCUGCCAGAAGAAAGGGUGUCAACCUUCAUCAUGAUGUACAGAACACACUGUCAGAGGAUACUGGACACCGUUAUUCGGGCCAACUUUGAUGAGGUCCAGAGCUUCCUGCUACACUUCUGGCAGGGCAUGCCGCCCCACAUGCUUCCUGUCCUCGGCUCCCCCACAGUGGUGAACAUCGUCGGUGUCUGUGACUCCAUCCUCUACAAGGCCAUCUCAGGGGUGCUGAUGCCCACCGUCCUGCAAGCACUGCCUGAUAGUUUAACUCAGGUCAUUCGAAAAUUUGCCAAACAGCUUGAUGAGUGGCUUAAAAUAGCACUUCAUGACCUUCCAGAGAACCUGAGGAAUAUCAAAUUUGAACUAUCGAGGAGAUUUUCUCAGAUCCUAAAGCGGCAAACAUCAUUAAACCAUCUAUGUCAGGCAUCGCGGACUGUGAUAAACAGCGCCGACAUCACCUUUCAAAUGCUGGAGGACUGGAGGAACGUGGACUUGAACAGCAUCACCAAGCAGACACUUUACACCAUGGAGGACUCGCAGGAGGAGCACAGGCAGCUUAUUAUCCACUUGUAUCAGGAGUUUGAUCGUCUGCUGGAGGAGCAGUCGCCGAUCGAGGCUUACAUCGAAUGGUUGGACUCGAUGGUGGAUCGCUGCGUUGUCAAGGUGGCGGGGAAGAGGCCCGGGAGCCUGAAGAAGGUGGCCCAACAGUUCCUGCUUAUGUGGUCGUGUUUUGGUACCAGAGUCAUCCGGGAUAUGACCCUGCACAGCGCACCCAGCUUUGGCUCCUUCCACCUGAUCCAUCUCAUGUUUGACGACUAUGUACUUUACCUGCUGGAGUCCCUGCACUGCCAGGAGAGGGCCAACGACCUCAUGAGGGCCAUGAAAGGCGAGGGCAGCACAGAGAGAGAGGAGGAAUUUACGCUGACAGAAACCGCCCCCGCCUCGCCGUCUCCGGGAUCCUACUCUCCCGCUCGGUCGGUCCACUCUGUGGGCGUCUCCUCGGCCAGCUCCCCCACAGCAGCCGUGUCCCCGGAGUACACCGGAGUACCUGCCACGACAGGCGCUGUUCAGUCAUAUACCUGGUCCCUUACAUACACAGUGACAACAGCAGGCGGGGCCGCUCCAGAGGCCGGGCAGCAGCUGUCCUGUAUGAGGAGCAGCGCUCCGGUACCCCCUCCAUCUUCUGCCCACAGGAUGCCAGUCUACACCCACAGGGAGGAGCACGGGUAUACUGGUAGCUACAACUAUGGCAGUUAUGCCAACCAGCAUCCUCACUCCAUCCAGAGCCAGUACCCGAGUUUGGCCCACGAGCCAACGAUCCCAGGCCCGCUGCACUACUCCGCCUACCACCGCUCGUCUGCACAGUACCAGCUCAACAGCCAGAUGUCCCGAAUGGAGCCUUGCCUGAUGGGCAGCACUCCUCGGUUGCACCCCACACCUGUCGCCCCCCGGUGGCCAGAUGUGUCACCUGGUAACAGCUGUUACACCAGCCCGCCUAUGCAUUCGUCCCGCUAUGCCACCUCUGGGGAUAUGUACUCACCCCUGGGCCCACGCAGGAACUCAGAGUACGAACACUCGCAACAUUUCCCCGGCUUUGCCUACAUCAAUGGGGAGGCCACCACCGGCUGGGCCAAAUAGCUUUAAAUCUGAGAGCUGUGAACACUUUCCAAUCAAGUGCAUGAAAAAAAGGGAACGGAGAGUAAAAUGCGCCAGCGUAAGGUAAAACGAAUCACGGCGUGGACAUUCUGACAAUUUUAAAAUACGCAUUACAUCAAUCACAUCCAAUGAUUGGCUGCAACUUGUGGGGAGGUUUAUUAAAGUUUCUUCAGCAGUCGACAGAAGAAAAGCAAAAUAGCAUUGCAGCAAAAUCAUUUUGAGAGUGCAAUGCUGCUGCCAAGCUGUGCCUUCGAUUUAAGGAAUGUACACCUCUACCAGAGUUUCCCUCGUCCGCGAGGUCGGGCGCACACGCGGUCCCACCAACCCGCCCGCCCCUCCGUCAGUGAUGUCAGCAACUGACGGCUCUGCGUGCUCUAAGCUGUACAAUCUCAGUCUCCUCUUGUUGCUCAGCAGCAUCCUGUCGGGAGCCCUCUGCAGCACAUGCUUGCACUGCGGCUCGAUGAUGAUGAUGAUGGACUGCACUGCCUUAACAUUCUCCUGGGAUACUUAACAUCACAGGUGACCGAUAUAAACCCACGAAAGACCUUGAUGGGUGUGUUAAGGUUUCUUCAUCUUGGAUACUUUUUUUUGAAAAUGAUGAACGAUGUGACUUAGAAAGAAAAAAAGUGUAUUCUGUCGCAAGCCUUUCUGCUGUUUUUCCGUGACUAUAUAUCUAUACACACACACACACACACAUAUAUAUAAAUAUAUAUAUAUAUAGUAUGUAUUUUCUGUAACUUUGUAACAUGGUGUAUCCUUUAUUUUCUAUGUUACAAUUGGUACUUUGUUCUCUGUUUUGUAUCACUAGUAAAAGACGCAUUAACCUAGGGUUGUGUGUUCUAUAUAAUGCACUCAAAGCUACUGAGGACCUAUUACCCUAUGGGUAUUUAUAAAAAGGGAAAAAUAUCAAAGUGUACAGUAACAUGAAGUCUAGUCACUUUUCUGUAAAUAAAAGCACUGGAAACCAUCCGUGGUGACUGUUAGACUAUCACAGUUAAAACUGAUGUGUAUGUGUGAAAUAUGUUGACACAUAAAUUUAAAACUGUGAGA